AUGGCUCAGCAGGACACCAAAGUUUCAGAGGGUGCUGAAAUCAUUCGAUUAGGGAAGCACAUUGGAACGGGGUUUUAUGCGUUCGUAUUUGAAGGCUACCCUGCUUCAGGGGGAAUAGUUGCUGUGAAGAAAUCGCGGGUUUCUCUACGAACCAAACGCCCUUGCCUUCAGCACGAGGUCCGAAUCCUCCAUCUCGUGCAAGGGCAUCGAAAUAUUCCCCAACUCGUGGGCUAUUAUCGCGGACCGCACUUUGAAAUUUGA